CGCCAUCACUCGGCUUGGGCUGGGCAUCUGGAGCCCUUCACCGGAUUCCCCAACAGCUCGCCACCAGCAUUGAAUUCACCGCAGCUGGGCGAGAUGGCUAACCUGGUCGUCUCUGUCAUCUAGACGCCUGUAUACUAGGGCAGAGUGAAAAACCCGUGUACUCUCCGCUUUUCACUGCAGUCCGAGGAUAGCUUUUGCACGAUUGCUGCUGCCUUAUCUACAGGCAAUCACUCAACCUCCACGUCCCCACCGGCCAACACUUGCUGCUCCGAAGUAAAGUUUGCGCGUCCGUCCGGCCGCUCCCUCCCAUGUUUAUAUAUAGGAGAUCCCAGAAGCAUCUCUCGACCAUGGCUGUACCUUCCUCCUCAGCAAACCCGACUCCGGACCACAACACUUUCCUCCCGUCCCCAAACAUAAUUCCACCUCGCACCUCUUCGACCAACCAGUUUGCUGCUCCGUCGAAACCCAUCCUCCAUUCUGUACCCGAAGGCGACUGGAUCGGUAAAACUCGUGGCAGUAGCCAAGCUCAGGCUCAGGUUCUCGGCCAUCAGCGCAGCCGCAGUCGAAAAGCGUCCAACUCUUCGAGCUUCACCUCCCCGUCGACAUCCCUGCCCAUCGCCAUGGCCCAGGAUACCCCGCCCCCGCCGCCCGACCCGAACCGGUUUGCCACCGAAGACCUCAACGCCACAGUCAAGCGGUGGACCGAUUACAAGGAGAAGAUCGUGACAGCUCCCUUCACCUACCUCUAUGAGCACCCUGGGAAGGACUUCCGGUCGCAGCUCAUCAACGCCUUCGAUUUGUGGCUCGAGGUUCCGCGCGACAGCCUCGAUGUCAUUACCAAGGUUGUGGGUAUGCUCCAUACGGCCAGCCUGCUCGUUGACGACGUAGAGGAUAGCAGCCUGCUGCGCCGGGGCUUUCCUGUGGCACACAACAUUUACGGCGUCCCGCAGGUCAUCAACAGCUCCAACUAUAUCUACUUCUGCGCCCUGCAGGAGCUGCAGAAACUCAAGAGCCAGAAGGCUAUCAGCAUCUUUGCCGAAGAGUUGGUGAACCUGCACCGCGGCCAGGGCAUGGAUCUCCACUGGCGUGACACCCUCACUUGCCCGACCGAGGACGACUAUCUCGAGAUGGUGGGGAACAAGACGGGCGGCCUGUUCCGGCUGGGCAUCAAGCUGAUGCAAGCCGAGUCGCGAAGCCUCAUCGACUGCGUGCCUCUUGUUAACAUCAUCGGCCUCAUCUUCCAGAUCGCCGACGACUACCUCAACCUGGCUAGCAAACAGUACAGCGACAACAAGGGCAUGUGCGAGGACCUGACCGAGGGGAAGUUCAGCUUCCCUGUCAUCCACAGCAUCCGUGCCGAUCCGUCCAACCUGCAGUUGCUUAACAUCCUCAGGCAGAAGACCACCAACGAAGAGGUCAAGCUCUACGCCGUCAACUGCAUGACCAAGACGGGGUCCUUCGACUACACCCGCAAGGUGGUGGCUGUGCUUAUCGACCGCGCCAGAAAGAUGACGGAUGAGAUCGACGACGGGCGAGGCAAGGCCGCAGGCAUCCACAAGAUUCUGGAUAAGAUGGUCAUCUAAUAACCAUCACUUGGAAACAACUGUCCUCUUUUCUACUUCCCUUUCCUUUCCCCCCUGAUAUAUCAACAAGGAGCAUUCUUUGGAUGGGAUGCACGGGAGUGAAAGGGAUUGGGAUUGGCUGGCGCAUCCACAUACGGACGGGCGUUCGGGGCAGGAGGCUUGGUUUUCUUCUAGACGCUCUCGUUUUCCUUUCUGAUACCCUCACCGGGCAAGGGCGAUGACCAUGGGAUAGACUGAAUUUUACCAUGUGGGCUGGUGGCCAGGCUGUUUGAGGGGUUUUCUACUUUUAGCAGGGUUGGUUCUCUUGUGUUUUAACCCCCCGAGAGAGUGGCCUGUUUGGCAUCCAUGGACAGUUAAGUUUUUUUUAGAAGUACUAGCGGAAUAGGUAGCGUUGUAGGCAUAACUACAUGACUAUUUUUGCCAGAAAAGAUACUGCC